AAUUCGUCACCGCCGCUGCGUUCAUUUCUGCCAGCAAACCCUAAAACUCGCCGCCGCGUUCAUCUGUGCCGAAGAAGAUACCCAGUUCUAAGGGGAAGAAGAAAGAAGGGAAGGAAAAAGGUUGUUAAAGGACCAGAUUCAAGUGUUAAGAAGGAAGAGAAAGAAAAGAAAGUGUACGAUUUGCCUAGUCAAAAGCGUGAUCCCCCAGAAGAGAGAGACCCGUUAAGGAUUUUCUAUGAAAGCUUAUACUCACAAAUACCAACUAGUGAGAUGGCUGCAAUCUGGAUGAUGGAAUCUGGUUUGCUUCACAAAGAUGUGGCGAAGAAGUUAUUUGAGGCAAAACGCAAGAAAGCUCAACAACAAAAACUUGGGUUACCGAUGAAGACGAUUGUUAAUGUGAUGAAACACUUCAUCGGUUACAGUCAAGAGAAAGGAUGUUGGAAAUUGUGGCAAAGUCAAAAAGGCGAAGGGUUCCUUUUUUGAAUAAAAGAAAAU